AUGCUUCCUUGGCAAGACUCAAAGAGCCUGAUCCUGGAAUCCGACUUGAGAUUAUCUAUGCUGCCAGAAGAAGAAGCUCCUCGUGCUAGGGCUGGUAUUGACUCGUUGAUGGGUUUGUACUGUCUUGUACCAACAUCCGGUGACCAGAAAUGUAUGCAAGGCUUUUUCGCUUACCCAAGCCAUCAAAUUCAGUCCAAGUUUGCCGUGUCGCAGAGUAAUCUUGGGUCAAGCCACUCGUGUCUAUCAUAUACGCAUCCAACCACAUCUAGAGUUGAGGAUCGUACCCUUUCCAGAAAUGGCGUACAAAUUUUCUUGGUACAGCCAGUGGACCCUGUGGACACGUGCGAGUCAUGUAGUGAUGCUUGUAGGGCUAAGCUAGACUGCCUUAUUCAUGAUGAAUGUCAAUUUUGCGUACUAUUCAGGGAUGUUGAGAGCAACUACCGGGCUCGGGACGUUUGUAUUCCCAUGCAAGGGGGAGGAUUGAGGCAAGAUCUGGAUACAGCAUACCAAUCGAAUAGUGGCGUGAAUAGACACGGGUUUAAAAUUCCCGAUCGUCGUGCCCAUUUGUUUGAUGCCAGGAUGCUUGAUCGAGGGUUUGAUCCUUGGACUCGCAGGCCUUUGCUAUUCACCCCAGGAAAACACCAGGUCCUUGCAAGGUCCAGACCUGAUAAAAACCACAAGGAUUAUCCUAAGGAAUUCGGCAAAGGUUUUCCGCAUAUGACACAGGAGGAAGUCCGCGAGUUAUGA